CAUUCUUGCGCGUUGUCAGCGCCAGAUUGCCACCACCGGACCUUCAGCAUCCAUUACCACCGCCUGUUGCCAACGCCAAUUGCCCGAGCCGCCUGCCACCACCAAGCGGUGGCCAUCGCCGUCGCGCCGACAGCUUCGGCGCACAGGUGGACUAACCUGUGAGGAACAGGGCCUCCGCCUCACCAGCGGCGUUAGACCGCAGCGAGUCGUACUCGCCCGAACCAGACUCCGGCAUCGAAGCCAUCUCAGAAGACCACUUCACAUCCGCGCAGUUUGAUUUGCCUGUGCGCCUACUACCAGCAACCAUGACGGACCGACUCCCGCACAAUCUCCUGGCGCUUUUCCAGCCGCGCCCACCGCUCCGCUACAUGCCCCCGGCCGAUCACGCGCCUGAAGAUCGCAAGACACACAAGAUUGAUGGCAUCGCGCAGUUUCUGCCAAUGCUUCAGGCGAAGAAAGAGGAAGCCAAGACAGAGGUUGUGACGGAAUGCGGCCUGCAGAAGCGCGAUCGCGUGGUGAGGGAGAAGCAAGAGAAGCAGAAGUGGCUGCUUGAGGAAGGAUACAAGGAUUUGUACAAGCCCGCCGAAGACGAGAAUAUUCGCGGAGACGCUUUCAAGACGCUGUUUGUGGGCCGACUGCCAUACGACUGCACGACUAAGGACCUCGAGAAGGAAUUUGGCCGCUUCGGACCUAUCGAACGCGUGAGAAUCGUGACUGAUCGCGGAGAAGCCUCGACGAAGAAGGGCAAGCCUAAAGGCUACGCCUUUGUCCUCUUCGAGCGCGAGAAGGACAUGAAAGCUGCCUACAAGGAUUGCGAGAACCUACGAAUCCGCGGCCGUCCGGUCAUCGUCGAUGUCGAGCGCGGUCGCACUGUUAGUGGUUGGCGUCCCAGACGCUUCGGAGGUGGACUGGGUGGACGACACUACACGAAACAACAGGCCCCACGUCCUAUGGGCUUCGGUGGUCCGCCGCCAGGUCCAGGCUUCCGAGGCGGUUUCCGUGGAGGAUUCGGCGAUCGUGGCGGCUUCCGCGGCGGCAGAGGAGGUGGCAGAGGAGGUGGCUUCCGUGGUGGCGGAGGUGGAGGCUAUGGCGGCGUCGGUUACGGCGGUGGUCCAGAUGGCGCUCCCUCCGGUCCUCGCUCCGGUGGCGGGUUCGGAGGCAGCCGUGGCUACGACGAUCGUGGCCCGCGAGGCAGUGGCAGAGACAAUGCCAACUAUGAGCCACUUCCACCGAGAGGAGAUCGUGGCGGAGGCGGCUACCGUGACCGCGACCGCGACUACAACAGCGGUUCGAAGCGCCCAUUCGAAGGUGGGUACGACGAUUCACGACAGAGACGACGCUACUAAAGGAAGCACGGAGACUGCCGCUUACCUUACAGGCUUCUUCUUACUGGGUACCGCAAGAUGUGUCCUACACGUCCUGCACACCACUUCGACAUGAUUGCUUUCACACACACGGAACACACACAACGGUGAGUCGGACUACCUCCUUAAGGGUAAGGUACCGGCUCGCGCACGACACAUUGUACUACGAAUGUACGAACAGACACCAGCUGGAUGCGCGAGAGGAAAGGGCUGAGUACAAGGAGGCUCCGUUUCCCUAUCUUUGCAUCACUGCUUCUUUACUGUUGGGUGCCAGCACGCUCUGAAUGAGGCCAGCACUGCCUUGCUUGUACGAGCAAGCUGCUGCCUAUGUACUUGUAGCAGGUAGGUUCGGAGGAGAUUGUACGCUACGGUCACGUUGCAUCGAAGCAGACCCGGACCCGGACCUGCGUGUGUACGAGAUAGCAAAAAUCAAAAUAUGGAAAGAAAUCCAACUUUGCCUC